ACAGGAUGAUGAUCGCACCAGUCUGCCUCAUGAUCACUGCUACUCUGAGCAUCCAUCCAGGCAGGUCAGUCUUCUUCUUUUAUGAAACUGUGACUCUGAGCUGUGCAGUGCCAGGCAGCUUCAGCAGCUGGACAGUGAAGAGAAACACCUCCACAAGGUCUUCUGUUUCAUGUGAGACCUGGGGCCAAUUAAAUGGGUCAUCCUGCACCAUCAAAGGUGUCUACCCAUCAGACAGUGGAGUGUACUGGUGUGAGUCUGACAGCAGGGAGUGCAGCAACACCAUCAACAUCACAGUGGCAACUGGUGUCAUCCUGCAGGGUCCUGCUGUUCCUCUGACUGAGGGAGACAGUGUGACACUAAACUGCUCCUAUAAGGAAAAAUAUGCAAAGGAGUCUACGUCCAAUUUCAGUGCUGCUUUCUACAGAAAUGGUACUUUUUUUGAAAAAACGUCUGAAGGAAGGUUGAGCUUUAUCCAUGUGUCCAAGGAGAACGAAGCCUUCUACAAGUGUGUUCAUCCCACAAAAGGAGAGUCACCGGAGAUCAGGCUGGAAGUGAGAGGUGAGGAUGAUGUUAGAUUUCAUGAAGUUUUCGUCUGAUGGCUUAUAAAU